AUGGUGCUGCCGACACGGGGUGGUGAGCCGGAGGAGGCGGAGGUGGAGAUGGACGAUCAGCGCUCGCCGCCGGUCCGCGGCGCCCGGACGAGCAGGAGCCACAGCGAGGCGGAGCGCAAGCGGCGGCAGCGCAUCAACACCCACCUCGCCACGCUGCGCAGCCUCCUCCCGUCGGCUUCCCAGAUGGACAAGGCAGCGCUGCUCGGCGAGGUGGUGCGGCACGUGCGGGAGCUGCGGGGCGACGCAGACGGCGGGGCGGUGGCGGGGGUGGCCGUGCCGGGGGAGAGCGACGAGGUGGGCGUGGAGGAGGAGCGCUGGGACGCACGGGAGAGCGCCAAGCGCGUCAGGGCGUGGGUGUGCUGCGCCGACCGCCCGGGGCUCAUGUCCGAGCUGGGGCGCGCCGUGCGCUCCGUCAGCGCCAGGGCGGUCCGCGCGGAGAUCGCCACCGUCGGCGGGAGGACCCGGAGCGUCCUGAAGCUGGAGGCCGGGCAGGCGACGGACGCGUCCCGGCCGGCGCUGCACGCGGCGCUCCGAGCCGUGCUGCUCAGCCGGGAGGAUCAGCUGCUCGCCGUGGAGGGCUACAAGAGGCAGCGCUUCUCGGCGCUCAUCUCCCAGGGUUUAGGCAGCUAG